AUGGCGAUUAACAACAGAAUCUGUUGCAUCAAAAUACCGCUACCCUCCCAAAAAGCCAUGUUGGAUUUUCAUGACCUCGGUUAUGUUGAAAGACCACAUGGUGGAAAACGUUGGAGCUGCAUACACAAUGCUGUCUUAUCUGCCAAUCCUUCUCUUACAUCAGAUUAUGCACUGAUGGUUCAGUAUUAUGGAAAAUGUUCUUGGCCUAACAUUACCCAACCAAUUGUAAAGACACGCUUGCUUGCUGUGAUGGACGAAGAUAAGUUUAAUUUGCCCGAUGUUCAGUAUUACCUAGUUGAGUUAUCUGGUGGACUAUUACUUGUUACCCUAUAUAUGGAGGAUGAUAUUCGUAGGAGUUUUAAAUUUAAAGUCGUUGAAUUAGAUGUAAUCAAGGGUGAAUUGAAGGACGAGAUUAAAACCUUGGGAGAUUCAUCAAUAUUUUUGGGUCGCAAUGUAGCAAGUUGCAUCGAUUCUUCUAAAUUUACAGGAAUCAAGCCAGAUUACAUAUAUUUUACUGAUCAUUGGUUAGAUGAAUAUGAUAGAGAUUUGGAAGGAGGGGCGGGAAGAGAUAUGGGUGCUUAUAAUUUGGAAGAUGGAACAAUUGAAUCUUUUUAUCCUGGAAUGUCAGUAAGUUUUAUUUGCCCACCAACUUGGGUUGUACCAUCGCUAAUAAUGUGA